GCCAGCUGGUUCAGUUUCCCACUGGCCACCACCGAUCGACGAUGGCUUCUGGUUCGGGCGUCACCGCCACGGCACUGUCCGUGGACAAGUGUCCUUCCCGGUACGAGGCAAACGACAUCAGCCCGCCGGAGUUGCACCGUACGAUCGCCCUCCAGGAGCUGGGCGAAACGGACGUACGACGCGUGGAGUCACUGCGCCUGCUGCGCGAAUGGAUCGCCACCCACCCUCACAUACGAAGAUGUCGCACGGACGCGCUGUUUCUGUUGCGAUUUUUGCGUGCCCGUGCGUACGAUGUGCAGGCCGCGCAAACCACGCUCGUGCGCUAUCUCACGAUGCGCCAGCUGUUUCGCAUUUGGUACGAAAAUCUCGACCCAUCCGAUCGGUACAUGCGCGAGCUGGUGGAGAACGUGCGCGGCUGCCUGCCGCUCGGGCUGGACCGGUCCGGCCGCAUGGUGGCGCUGGUGAAAGUUCGCUGCUACGAUGUGGCCCGCUUCAACUGCUACCAUCUCGGCCGGCUGCAGCACAUGCUGUUCGAGGCGUUCUUCGACGAUGUGGAGCUGCAGAUUGCGGGCGGUGUGGCGAUCAUCGACUGCGACGGUGCCACCAUGGGACACUUUGUCUGCUUCAAGCUGUCCGACAUCCGGAACUUCAUGGACUGUCUCGUGCACGCGCUGCCGGUGCGGGUGAAGGAGGUGCACAUUGUGCGGCUGCCCCGCAUCGGCCAGGCGCUGGGCAAUCUGGUGCUGAGCUUUGCCGCCGAAGAGUUGCGCAAGCGUAUAUUCUUCCACGCCAGCAUGGAUGAGGUGCUGAAGUACGUCGACCAGGACCUGCUGCCGGUGGAGUACGGUGGCAAGUCGUGCCCGGAAGAAAUCACGGACAGCUUAAAGCGACGAUUGGCGGACAAACGGGACACGCUGCUGCUGCUCGAUCGGAUGGAAAUCGAGGUGGAACCGUACGCUCAUCUUUGGCGUCAGUCGGAUGAAGGGGAUGUGGAGUUUGGGAUGGAGAUUGAUUAAUCUAACGUCUUCGAUGCUUCAAAGCUACGUAAAUACUCUACUCAUACACAUCAGAGAAGUGAGCUGAUGAAAUUGAAAGAUAAUUGGAUUACAUAAGGUAUCGUGUGUUAGUACACGUGGUACUAUGCCGGUACUACUGAUGAAUUAAUUAUUCAAAGGUGAUGAUGUAUCUAGAAUCAUCACACACACAAACUCACAAUACUACAUGUAUUUGAUCGUAUCGGACGCAUGUUGGGUACGUGUGCAUGUACCCAUUGAUUACCUGUUGGAUGGGAUAGAUAAGUUGGUUAGGUCAUCGUGGGAUAGUUGAUUAACCUGAGACAUCUUGCUGCCGUUUGGAAGUUGGAAUAACGAAAGCGAUAAGGUAUAAUAGACGCUUUUACUAAGUAAUUAUAAUACAGUAUGGAACAUCCCAAUCACUGUGUGUGUAUUUUGUGUGAUUUACACCGCCUUUGAGACACGAAACUGAAUAUGUAAUAUGCUAUCAAAUGAAUAGUGCACCAAAUAAUGUUCAAUAAAACAAUGUUCAAUUUUUAAACCGAUUGAACAUGAUUUUAUCAUCAUUCA